AUGGUCGCUUCAGUACAGAAGAUGUGGGAAGACCUAUGCAAGGAUAAUGACGAGCUGAAACGACAACUGCAAACGAAGUUGGCCGAAGCUGAUGGUAGGAACACUGCUGUCCAGGAAAUGAUUACUCGAGAGCGUGAGCAGCACACUGACGAUUUCGCCCAAGAAAGGAAAAAGUGGACAGAGCGUGUCGUUGAGCUCGAGACGAUGCUGGAGGAGGCUAAGCAGUCGUUGGAAGAUACACAAUACAGAUUCCAACGAGAGACGGCUCAAAUGCGUGACCAGGAGUCUGUCAUGCGGGAUCAAGUGAAGCAAUUGCAGGACAGACUACAAGAGAGGAGUAGCUCGAAGAGCAGCUCCAGCAAGGGAGCCACUGGAGCCGAGUUGAACAAUCUGAGGGAUGCGGUGUAUGGAGCAUUAUCGGAGUUAAAGUCCCUGGACUUGGACAAGAAACAGUUAUCGGUGAAGGCUGAGCAUGAGAAGCAGCUCAUAGGACUGGAGAGGAAAUUCAAUAAACAAUUGAAUGAGGCACGACGGAAGAACGAGAUGUUGAUUGAGCAUCUCAGACAGACCUAUGAGGAAGAGGUUGAUACUCUGAAGUCCCAACGAAGUGAACUCCAACAGACUGUGAAGGAGUUCGAGAAGCAGCUAGCCAUGCGGACAGCUGAGUGUGAUAAGCUACGGUCCAUGGUGGCUAGUGCCGAGACUGACCGGAAGCUGAGACAACAACACGCUGAUGUCUUAGUGAAUCAAUCUGAGCUCAUCAUAAGCUUCCUACGUGGACUUGGUCAUGGAGAUGGACCACAGAUUGGGGUGAAGCUCGAGAAGCUGUCGACGCAAGCACAAGAUCUCUUUGGAGUAACAGUUCGACGGACAUGAAUGAUAUGUGGAGUCGGUGAUGAAUCUUGCUUAUUGUAGCAAUGUUGAUGAGCAUAUUAUCGUUGUGCAGCAACAUGGUAUAAU